UUGAAGCCAUACCACAUUCUGCCAGCGAAAGAAAAGUUUUGAAAGGGGCGCUGAAAUAAGAACAUUAAGGAGUGAGUCAUAUUUUUCUGCACAUGGACGUUGUGAAGUAUUAGUCAUCGAUUGACAGUUUUGGAAAUAUAAAUACUGCUGUGAAUCAAGGUUUUUAAACAACUUUGAUUUUUUGUGAAACAAACUUUCAAAACAACGGACUAGCGAACAAUGGAAACGCAUGAUACAACCUUCUAUCACGAUCACGGAAUAAGCGGCGUGAAGAUGGAGAACCAAGUAGUAAGUCAACUUAAACGAAAAAUGACUCUAGAUUUUGAUAGCAGUUCACCGAAAUCGAAACAAUUGAAAAUGGGGAAUUUAUUACAAUCGCCUGACUUGAACAUGUUGAAAUUGGCGUCUCCAGAAUUGGAGAAAAUGAUAAUUCAAGCUAAUGGCAUGGUGACAACCACACCCACACCAACUCAGUUUCUUUUCCCGAAGUACGUGACAGAUGAGCAGGAGGCAUACGCCCGGGGAUUUGUGGAGGCUUUGGCCCAACUCCAUGGUACGAACCCCGAGGAUGAAAACGAUUUUGAUCACGACGACGAUCUGUCUGGGUCCGAAUCUGAUACUUCGUCAUUGUCAUCGGUCAGUAAGGGUACAUAUGCACUACCCACAACGUCCACACUGACCUCCCUGAGUACUACCACCACCCUCCCCGGGGGUAUCGUGCAAAUCAAUCACAAACCUGGCUCCCAGGCAUCUGGAGGGAUCAACAACAGGUUCAGAACCAAGGAUGAAUCGCAGAUAGUCCCAAGUUUUGGAUCUUCACCACCUCUCUCCCCAAUUAACAUGGAGAGCCAGGAGAGAAUUAAAUUGGAGCGAAAACGUGCUAGAAACAGGGUGGCAGCUAGAAAGUGUCGUACGCGGAAACUUGAGAGAAUUUCUCGGUUGGAAGAUAGGGUAUCAGACUUGAAAGGACAAAAUACAGAUUUGGCUACAACAGCCACAUCUCUCAGGGACCAAGUGUGUAAACUGAAGCAGCAAAUUAUUGAACAUGUCAGCAGUGGUUGUCAAAUUAUGAUGACAAACUCUCUCAACUUCUAAACAUGUGCCUUUCCAGUGUGUGAACUGACAAUUUGAAUGUGUUCGAAAAAUUCAUUUGAAAGAUGAUAUGUACAUUUAAAAGUUUUUAUUCUGAUAACACAUGGAAUUCAUUUCUGUAGCAAUACAGGAGAAUUAUUUAAAUUUUAUAUUUUAUUCAGAAAAAAACCUUUGAUCUGAACAUAUUGAUCUAGGACCGAAUUUUGCCAGUGCCAAGUGUGUAAAACAUAAAUGUGAUGCAGGUCAAUAUCGUUUGCAUGGUCUCGAAAAAGUCACUGUUUCAAUAUAACCUAAACUCCUUCGAAGAAGGUAGAAUCUUUCUUUCUCUUGUAUAAAAAAAAUAAGAUAUAUAAACAUUUGAUUUAUUUACAAGUCAAGAUAACAUGAUUUUAAAUCAUGAUAGUUCCUACACAUUCUUGUCAAAAUGCAAUUAAGUGCUCAAUAAUGUUACUGGGGAUGGGUUGGGAUAUUACGUUUGGAGAAGUGACAGGUUAAUAUUACAGAUAACUGUUUCCAAGUUUUAACUGCAAAUUGUGAUAUUGUUCCAUUAUCAGUUUUACGCCUCAUUACAUAUACCAGUCUUGUAAAUAACACAUUUAUUAUUUUGUUCAUUGGUAUUGUGUGGAUCACAAUAGAUUUACACCACGAUAUCCGUAUCAUUGUAUUAUUAAAUCAUUAUCAUAUUAUUACAAAGAUUCACCUAAAUCAAAUUUCAAUGCUUUGUAUGUUAUUUUGCAUAAUUUAAAACUUUUAUAUGAAAUUAAAUGUUGAUAUUUUUGCAGAAA